GGACUAUAAAGCGAUGGGGGCGGCGGGGCGCAGCCCGCGGGCGGCAUGGCCGAGGUGAAGCUCGCUGUGCUGGGCGGCAGCGGGGCCGGCAAGUCGGCGCUGGCCGUGCGGUUCCUGACCCGGCGGUUCAUCGGGGAGUACGCGUCCAGCGCCGAAUGCAUCUACACUAAACACUUAUGCCUGGAUGGGAGGCAGAUACACUUGGAAAUGUAUGACCCUUGUUCGCAGCCACAGCGGGGGAAGCUCUCCCUCACAGAUGAGCUCCACUGGGCUGAUGGAUUUAUCGUUGUUUACGACAUCAGUGACAGAGCAUCAUUUGCAUUUGCAAAAGCAUUGUUGUACAGGAUCCGAGAAUCUCACAUAGGAGCUUGUAAAAAAAUGGUCGAAUCAUCAGUAUUUUUGGUUGGUAAUAAACGAGAUUUAUGCCACAUUAGAGAAGUUGGUUGGGAUGAAGGACAGAAGCUUGCAAUGGAUAACAAGUGCCAAUUCUGUGAACUGUCUGCAGCAGAACAUUAUCAGGAGGUUGUGGCAAUGUUCACAAAAGUUCUGAGGAAUAUCACCUCAAAUUUCAAAGUAAAGGAAAAGAGAAGACCAAGUGGAUCAAAGUCAAUGGCCAAGUUAAUCAACAAUGUGUUUGGGAAGAGGAGGAAAUCUGUGUAAAAGAUGGUUUGUCUUGAAGCAGGAGCAAGCUGAAAUAAUGGAGCACAGGCAGCUCUUGGAUUCAGGCAAUUUCCUCCAAAGAUCAAUGUCUGGAGGAGUAAGACGGGCACCAAAGGCAGGAGACAGUAUGGUCAAGUGGACAGUGUCUAGACCUCAACCUGACCUUCUAUUUCUAGUUCAUAUUUACUGUAUUAGGGCUAUGCCACUUAAACUCUUCAGAUGUUCCUUUCACCCUUUGUCUCUUACACUCUUCAGGGGAGAGUUCUGGUUUUGGAUAGAGCUUGUAGGUGUGACUGAAGUAAAAACAUUUUUUCCAAUAAACCUGCCUUGCUGAUCAAGAACUUACUUCAGAAUGCUGAGUAGUAAUUGUUUUUCUUUUGUGCAAGAACACUUGCCCUAGAGAAAAGCAAAAUACUUCUGCUCUAAGUGCUAAUGUAUUUGUAUUUAAAUGCAGGAUGGCUCAGAUCCUCUUGUACCAAUAGGUGCUUAGCAUCUGCUGAAAUUCACUUCUAGACACCAAAUCUACAAAAGGUAUUUACCUGCAAAGCUGUUUUGCAAAGGCACCAGAAUUAGGGAAACAGAUAAACAAAGCAGUAUUCUCUGUUUCAGUAUCUUUUCUGAGUGAUUAAAGAAAGUAGAGUGGGUUGAGGAGGGUGGGAACUGAAAUGUUAGUGGAGUGUUAGUGAGUGUUGGACAGUUGUGACACCGUCCUGACUUUGCCAAAUCUUGGGCUGAUCCCUUUCACAGAGCAGUUUUUGUGGGCUGUGACAAAGUUUCCUUACCUGUAGCAUGGGGGGGGGUGGUGGUGUGUGCGUGCGUGUGUGUGUGUGUGUGUGUGUGUGUGUUCAGCUCUAGAUGGGAGGGGAAGACUGGUAAAAAACACAAGUUCUUUAGGAAGUCUGCCUGGAUUUAAAGGUCAGCCUGCUGGCAAGAUCUGCGCUCCUAACUUGCAUAGAAUGUAUUUCCUAAGGACUAGUGUUUUUACAACUGUUUAUCACUAUGGUCUUGAAAUACCACUUGAGAGAGCACUAAGGAAUAUGCUAGCUAGGCUUCUCAAAUGUGGAUAUUAAACAUCAGUUGGGUCUAAAUAUGUCAUCAAUUGACAUUCAGAGCUCUUAUUGUAGACAUAACUAAAUAAGGGCUUAGCCUAGUGUGUUUGAAAGUGCUGUGCUCAUACAGAAAGUAUGAAAGGAAGAGAGAAAUGAUUUGAAGGUGAAUUACUGCCUCUUACCCAUUUCAGAGGUCAACUGGGAUUCAGUCUUUAAGUUGCUAAGGUGAAGCCUGCCUCCACUCUGAAAUUUUACCUGUAUUGAUACUAGUAAGAUUGCUUUUCAGCCACAGCAGAAUACUGAUUUUUCAAGUGUCCACCCUCAUCGGAUAACAUGACAAAGUUAUAUAGCCUUAGCAUUAGCUGUGUAAAAUAGAGCUAAAGCACAUUUUAAUAAGCAAUGACCAAAGAUCACUUCCUUUUUUAAGGAAAAAAUGCUGUUUAUUUCACUUGUUUUAAGACUACAAAUAUUGGAAUAUAGUUCUCAAUGUUGAUGGGCACAGUGUUGCUUUACCUCUAUGCAGAUGCCACUCUACUGUAUCAGGAGUAGUGUAUUUAACUGUAUUGUUGAUACCUGUGAGGCUGAACUUGAAGACUACUCAUGUAUACCCUUCAGCUUUCCAGCACACAUGGAAUUUCAGAACUACAACUAGUGUAUUGGAUAUAUAUUUCAGGUAGCUGCAUCUCACCAGCUCUGGCAUUGCCAGAUUUGACAACUUUUAUCUGUAUUUAUUGCUAUAGUAUUAAAUAAACUGGAUAUGGUAUAAGA